GCAGCAGCAGGUGUUUCCUAUAUGACUGAUGAGCGGAGACGCUUUGACUUUUGUAAGCAGAACGUUAUGUGGACCUGAGAGAGAAAGCGUUUCUACUUCUGCUCGUUUAUUAGGUUGUUUUCAUCCGUCUGCGGUGUUUUAUUUCUGACGGGUUGAGCAGCAAAGCACGUGAAAGAAAAUGGACGAUGGAAACAAACAACCACACACAUUUGGGAGCGGCCAACCGAGAGCUCAACAUCCCAGACCUUUCUUCUAUGUCCAGCCACCGUCUCAGCCUUACUACCUCUACCAGCAGUGGCAGAUGAACAACCCAUACAAUCAAUAUGGAUUGGCUGGAGGUCUUAACUUUGGUCGUCCCUGCAUGCAACCGUACCAGUACAUGCAGUAUCCUGGGUAUGGUUACCCACAUGCCCCAUUAUAUCCAAUGGAUUACGGGCGAAUGUUUGAUCCCCGCUUUCACGCUCCUACCUGGAAUGACAUGCCUCGCCAGCAGCAGCAACAACAGCAGCAGCAGCAACAGCAGCAGCAGUAUCACUACCCACAGCCUCAUGGGCGUCGAGAAAUGUCCUGCUCAGAGGCUCAAACCGACCCCAGCGACGCCAUAACCAAACUCAUCGAGUGCCUGGAUAAAAUCCGAGCCACUGAGCUGCAGAGCGCUGAGAGAGAGCUUGACUCGGGUGUCGCCUCGCACUCCUCGGCUAUGUUUUCUCUGGGAGAAGAGAGGAAAAUUGAAGAGCAGAGUCGCAGCCUGCCUUCAGUGGCUGAUGACAGCCAUUCAGAGUCUCCAGCUGUGACUUUCAGUGACUCUACAACAGCGGUGUACGAUGGCGAGUCCAGCCAAAGGAGCUUAGAUGGUCUGAGCCCUCACGGAUGCUGGUCAGCUGGAUUUGAAGAGGAGUUGCCUCUCGAUAGCUCCUCUAUUCACGAAGAGUGUCCCGAGCUGGCGCAGCCAACAGCAGAUGAACACUUUCCUCACGAGAAAGCAGAGGUUGCAGAUAUCCUGUCAGAUAUCUCUGCAACCAAUGCAAGUGUUCCAAACUGUGACGCUGAAGAGCUCCCGCAACAGAGAGUGGAUUCAAUCCGGCCGUCUUCUUCCUUUACUUACAGUCAGCCGGCACUCAAAGAUGCUAAAAGUGCCGACAAAGUCUCAAAGACAGAACAUCAGAAAGCUGGUCCAAGCUACCAGAUCCUCAAGCUGCCUUUUGACAGCGUGUUGACACCCGGAGACGCUGGAGCUGGCUGCCUUUCCCCCUCUACUGCUCCCUACUACUACAACUACCUGUCCAUGCAGACCACCCAUGAGCGGAUGAGUGUUCUCAGUCCAUCUCUGGACGAGCUCUCCUCCAGAGAUGAGAUGUUUUCCACAGAUCUGGACGAUGCAGAUCUUUUCCCCAAACACGUGUUAGCAGGCAGGAGGCUUGCAGAGGUUGUAAGCGGGUCUCCGCAAGCUGCAGAAGUAGGAAAAGCAUGGCCGCCCGGUUCAAAGAGGUUCAUGUGCGCCUGCUGUGGGAAAAGCCUUGCAAAAGGGGACGCCAAGAGCAAAGUCCACAGCUCCAAGACAUACAGGGAUGAAGGUGGGGACUCAGAGGAGGAGAGCAGGUUUGGAAGAGACUGUGAGCAGCAUGUCAGAGUGGUUGUGAGGAAGCAUUCUGCACCCAGGAAACCUCCAUCUGUCCCACUCAGACAUGUUGCAAAACCUUGGUAUAAAAGAGGCCAAUACAAAGAUCCCUCUGAUCCUGUGAACCAGGAGGAAUGUCACGAUGAUUGUAAGCUGGAGCCAGCUGAGGAGGCUGGAGAGAUGACUGGUAGUGAGCUGCACUGCAGGACAUGUCAGGACGGACCCUGCAGAGAAGAUCUGACCACGUCAGACCAAGGCAGAUGGGGAGACGGUGACGUGACUCCAAGGAGGAGACCAGCAGCUCCUCUGCCACAACGAGAGAUGAGCACUCAGAGGAAAGUGAGGUACCACAGACCAAGAGACGAGGAUAACGAUGAGCCGCCACCGUUGCCCUGGGAGAGAGGCUCUACGAUGAGAGGAGAACCAGGAUGUUAAUGAACCCCAAGUGUGUUGAACUGCCCCCCCCCAAAGAAACGUGUAAUUGUUCCAGGAUAAUAAGUUAAAAAGAUAUUUUGAGCACCAGGUGAAAUGCACUGCACAGGAAGCCUCUUUUUGUUAAGAUAAAAGUUAAAAAACAUUGUAUAAAGUUUCUGCAGUUACACUGCCCUGCACUAUUUAUCAUUUAUGAAUUUCACAAACAGGCGAAUGGGCUGAAAUAUGUGUUGCAUGUGAUGGCGGGCCACAGUUUGGGGCCAGUCCAAUAAAAUAUUGUCAUUAUUUAA